AUGGCAGACUUUGAUGAGUUGAAGAUGGAGUUCUUGAUGAAGCUCCAGUGCUAAGACUAUGUUGCUGCAGAGGCUAUUCAAAAGGAAUUGCUGAAGCAAUAACCAGGAAACAAGCUAAUCAGGGAAUUUAGUAAAUUAUUGCCAGAUGAGGUUCAAGCUUAAAAGGAAGCAUAAUCUCAGGAUUAAUAUGGAGAGGAAUACUAUGAUGAAGAGGAAGACAAAGAGGACGAGAAAGAAGACGAGGAAGAUAAAGAUGAUGAGAAAGAUGAAGAAGAGGGAGAAGUUAAAGAGUAAAAACCAGCAGAGGGAGAAGAGGAGAUAAAGCAAGGCGAGAAAAAAGAAGGAGAAGAAGAAGACGAAUAUGACGAGGAUGCUUAUGGAGAAGAAGACUAUGAUGCUGAGGGUAAGUAUAUCUGGGGUAAAGAAGGCACCGAAUGGGAUUACUAUUACAAGGAGGAUAAGGAAGCUCACGAAAGAGGAGAUCCAGUCCAUCCAUCUGUCAUUAACACUGCUCCGAUUAGAAGCUAAAAAGAUGAAGACUUAAUGAGCUUAGCUUCUACUACAACUACUAGUUCAACAGGAGUAUAUAAAACUAAGAAGAAGUGGAGGCCAACACAAUGA